GGCGGGCCCCGCCUCCCGCGCGGUGUCGGGCGCACACGGAGCGGAGGCGCCAUUUUGCGGUGCUGCGGGAGACGGCUUAGGAGGGUUUGGGGGGAGGGAGGUGGCAGUGCGCGGUAGUCAUAACAGAAACAAUAACAGUGGUAGUGGCCGUGGGUACGGUUGCUGCUUGGGACUACUGUCCCUGUUCGCCCAGUCCCGCGUCCAGGACUUCGCCGACAUGAGCGACGUGGAGGAAAACAACUUCGAGGGGAGGGAGUCUCGCUCCCAGUCAAAAUCUCCAGCUGGGAGUCCUGCUCGUGUAAAAUCGGAGAGCAGGUCAGGAUCUCGCAGUCCAUCGCGGGCCUCCAAACAUUCUGAAUCGCACUCUAGGUCAAGAUCAAAAUCAAGAUCCAGGUCCAGAAGACACUCGCACAGACGUUACACUCGUUCCAGAUCCCAUUCCCAUUCUCAUUCCCAUAGGAGACGUUCUCGAAGCAGAUCGUACACGCCAGAAUACCGUCGCCGAAGGAGCCGUAGUCAUUCUCCAAUGUCCAACAGGAGAAGGCACACUGGCAGCAGAGCUAAUCCAGAUCCUAAUACCUGCCUUGGAGUGUUUGGUCUCAGUUUGUAUACCACUGAGAGAGAUUUGCGUGAAGUCUUUUCCCGUUAUGGACCUCUGACUGGUGUCAAUGUGGUUUAUGAUCAACGGACUGGACGAUCAAGAGGAUUUGCUUUCGUCUAUUUUGAGAGAAUUGAUGAUUCUAAAGAGGCAAUGGAGCAUGCAAACGGUAUGGAGCUGGAUGGCAGGAGGAUUCGGGUGGAUUACUCAAUCACCAAAAGAGCACAUACACCCACCCCGGGGAUCUACAUGGGCAGGCCAACACAGUUUUUCCUGAAUAGUAGUGGAGGAGGUGGUGGCGGUGGAGCCGGUCGUCGCCGUGACUCAUAUUAUGAUAGGGGGUAUGACAGAGGAUAUGACAGAUAUGAGGAAUAUGACUACAGAUACAGGAGACGAUCACCAUCGCCUUAUUAUAGCCGAUACCGAUCACGAUCAAGGUCCCGUUCCUAUAGUCCAAGUAAGUAAAUACAUGUGCAUAAAUACAAUCUGGCUGGCUUGAACCUUGUUGUUACUAGUAUUAAGUGAUCAGUUGGAAUUCUGAAUGUGAAAGCAAGAAAGCUGAGAUGAUGUGGGUUCAGUUCGUGUGUAGUAACUGGUGUUGUCUUUUGUUUUGUUUUUGCAGGGCGUUACUGAUGAUCAGAAGUUACAGUUGAGGACGUGAUUUUUAAAUACAAAGUUCACAUCUUGGCUUCCCUACUGCUUUCCCUCCCAUCCUCCCUUCCUUGUCCUCCAUCCAGCUCUUUUACAAAUCUUUGGUUCAUUUAGAAUAUACAUAUUUCAGUUGAAGUAUUCCUGUUUUCCAUCCCUUCUUAUUGUAAUACUCUUAAAUAUUGUAAUUGUUGUAGUUUUUGUGUAGUAAAGCAUCUUAAGGAAAAUGAAUUAGAGACCCCAAAGUGCUCAUACAUUUUGGAAGUCAUUCCUAUUUUGUUUUUAAAACAAUUGGACUCCUGACUAAUCAGAAGAGAGCGUUGGUAUUUUUAAAGCUUGCAUGUCAUAUGUAGUAUACACACUCAGAUACUUUAAUCGAAACCUGCAUUUCCAAGUAACUCGUUAAUGUUUCUGUUAAAAUGUUUACCUAUUACUUUGAUAAACAAGUAACGACUUUGAGCCUUUUCUGUAAUGACAGAUUUACUUAGAUAGUCAUGAACCAGAGGACUUGGUUUUGUUUUGUGUUGUUUCGUUGUUCUUUAUUUGUCAGGUAGUUGCUUUGAGUGUAGAUUAUUUGAGCUAGAGUAAAAUUUGGUAUUUGACUGACUGGGAAAAGGAGAACCUUGUACACUCAAAAUUGAGUCUCUGUUUUAUAGACAAAGUUUCUGAAUUGCUACACAGUGGAUAAUAUUUGAAGUUAAAACUAAAAAUCAGGGGUUUAAUUGUACUAGGUUGAAUAUUUCCCCUUAAUUGGUACAGGAGAGAAAAUAUUUAUUGAACAUGGCAAUUAGUUAUAUAAUUUGCUGUUUAUUUAAAAGGGUAACAAUAAAACCCACCAAUAUUUUGGUAUUGCAGUAAAGAUUAAGCAAGUUUUGUUUCCAGUCCAUUUUGAAAGUAUGGAUGGAAGAACCUACAACUACACAUAAACCUUUUUUCCCCUCUUCAAUAAAAGCUAAUUCCACUGA